AUGCAAUUGAUGGGGCAUCCAUAUGCGUCAAAUCGCCCACUCGGGAAGGCGGGGUUGUUGCUCCUCCCAAUCCGCGUCGCUGCCAGUGCGCCAGCCUCGGAGCCGAUGGAAGGUCCCCCCACGUCCUUUUCGUUCCAGGCUGGCUACGAGCACCCGACUUCCACCCCACCUGACGACGACCCAGACAAGGCCGCAGGUUCCACAGUCCCCAAGCGGAAAAGGCUCACCAAGGUUGGAACCGAUUUGAUUUACGUGCUUGCAACUCUUGUCAUAAAAGCAAAAGGAGAUGCGAUGGUACAGGUACAGACGUUCCUCUCCAUCGCCUGGUUCACACUGAACGUGCGAGUUCGGUCCGCUCCUCGCAGCGCCGUGCAGCAACUGCUAUUUCGCCUCGAAACCUUGCCAGUACACGGAUGCGUUCGGUCGGGAGGUUUCUGCACCCCAUCCCGGCAAGCCCGACGCGUCCAAGCUUCCUCGGGGUUCUUCCUUGCGUUCCAAGAGUCGGGUGGAAGACGGGCUGGCGCGUUCUAUAUCUCUGUCCUCCUGGAUAUGGGUGAAUCCCACCAAGCCCGCAAACGAGCAAAGACGAAACCUUCCUCUCAAACGCUGCCAAUCAACCAUGAGGGUCCUUCCGACCCUGUCUGCAUCGAAGACGGCACAGCGGGGUGCAUCAGUGCGGCGGCUGUAUUGGACAUUGGGACCACGCGCGAAUUAACCAAUCAGUUGAUACUGCAGAUUGUGGAGACACUUCUAGGCACUCAGUCCGAAAUGGAGUCCAUCCAGGCCACUCUGGAACGAGAAUGUCUGCGGCGCAUAUCAUGGGUCGUUUACGUCGCCGAGCUCCAGCUUUCAAUAUGGACUCAGCGCCCUGCUUUGCUCGCCGAGUCACAGCUGCAUUCCAGGCUCCCUGUCGACGAGACUUGCUUCGAACUUGCCCCACUUGCCGGUGUCGCUGAGUACCUGCACACUCCAGGUCAACACACCUCCGAGUGGGGCCACCUGGUUCGGAUUUAUCCGCUCUAUGCGCAGGCAGAGCUGAAUUUGGGUCGAUCAGAUCUGAGUCUGAGUGCCCUCACGGAUCUAGAGAAGAGUGGCGAAGACUGGGUCUCCAACUUACCCGAGGCAUUGCAAUUUUCAGAGCAGAAUCUUCAAGUCCAGAUCUCAAUGUUUGAGACCGCCUCGAACACCGGGGCAUGGUGUUUUUGUUAUAUGCAUAUCUUGUUUACCGGACUUUCUCUUGCUUUACAUUCGGGCAAAUAUCUGCUGUCCCAUGUCCCGGUAUCCCAGAAGCCGCCCUGGGCGGUAUCGAGAUUGGAUUUGCUUCUCGGCGCGUUGGGGGAUCGGGCUAAGAACAGCAUGAUAUGUGAGCAUUCUAAUCGAAAACUACACUCUUGCCCUCUGCUCAUGCUGUGCAGUGGGAUCAUAUCUCUGGGUGAGAGACAGAUCCAGAUCAGACAUCUCGGUCGCGAAGAUAUUCAGCUGCGAAAGUUGUGCAGCGAGUACGAGGCGGCGUCAGGGACUCGGAUCAUAGAGCUGGCGUCUGCAGCGUCCUUUCCACCGCGAACUCCGAUGCUCUUGCCGCCGGCAUCGCAGUCCUUACUUCCCAGUCGCAGUUUGAACGACUUGCGAGUGCAUCGACAAAGCAGUUGGUCCAACUCGUACCCGCCGAUCGGGUCCCUUCCUCUAGCAGUCGAAGGGGAGAUGAAACCCAUUGGCAGACUUGCAGAGUCGCUGCCCUCACUCAAGUCCAGCGGUCUGCUCGACUCGUGGAAUCCGGCCCACAACAGGCCAGGCGGAGAAGGUUCCUCUAACUCUCGGUCUGGACCGCCUGUGGGUCUGCAGUGGCUAGCCAACGAAUCUCGAUAA